AUGCUGGACAACAAAUUCGUCUCCAUGGAUGUACAAGAUGCCCCGUCAUCAUUGUUAAAAUCGGAAUCGGAUACGUCAAAUCCCCAGGACCGACCGGUAUGGAGUCGAAAAAUAGAAUACCUUCUGUCCUUGUUUGGUUACUGUGUGGGACUUGGUAAUAUCUGGAGAUUUCCCUAUCUCUGUAUGAGAAACGGUGGAGGUGCCUUUUUGAUUCCUUUCUUUCUCCUGCUGUUCUCCUCUGGAGUUCCCCUGUACUUUUUAGAAGUUUCUUUGGGACAGUUUACGGGGAAGAGUCCAUUAGUCGUGUGGUCCAUAUCUCCCCUAUUUGAAGGACUUGGGUGGCUGAUGAUGACGAUCUCCUUCGUGGUGGCCUGGUACUACAAUACAGUCAUGGCUUGGGUUAUCUAUUACUUUGUCCACUCAUUCUAUCCAAAGAUUCCAUGGGCUACGUGUGAUAACUGGUGGAACACAGAUCAGUGUAUUGUCAGUCAGAAGGAGAGACUUGUCCUAAAUGAAUCUUUUGCUUUGAUGAACCAAUCUAUAGCAGCAACUGCGAUUAAUCAGAGUGAAGCUGUUUACUCUUUUAACGCUUCCCAACUUAACCAGUCUUUGACAUACACCACUGCUGCAUUUGAAUUUUGGCAGCAUAAUGUUCUGAGACGUUCGGAUGGCAUCGAAGAUUUAGGUUCUGUUCAAUGGCACCUCGUUUUGGUGUUACUUGUGGCCUGGAUUUUAACGUUUGUAUGCCUUAUUAAAGGUAUACAUUCAGUUGGAAAGGUUGUGUAUGUGACCGUACCAUUCCCGUAUAUACUGUUAACCAUCAUCCUUAUUCGUGGUCUGAUGCUUGAUGGUGCUGUGGAUGGGAUAAUUUUCUAUCUGAAACCAGAUUUUACCAAACUUUUACAAUUUCAAGUGUGGAUGGAGGCAGGAAUACAAGUUUUCUAUUCGCUUGGUCCGGCGUGGGGAGGACUCAUUACAAUGUCAAGUUACAGCAAGUUUAACAACAACUGCAUGAAGGACGCUUGGUAUGGUACUUUAGCAGAUGGUCUGACAAGUUUCUAUGCUGGUUUUGUCGUGUUUUCUAUCUUGGGAUUUAUGGCACAUGACGUUGGUAUGACAGUGGAAGAAGUUUCAAAAUCAGCUUCAGGACCUGGUCUCGCAUUUGUGGCGUACCCAGAAGCCAUUACGAGACUUCCCAUGCCACAUCUCUGGGGAGUUCUUUUCUUCCUCAUGUUGAUUACUAUUGGACUUGACAGCCAGUUUGGAAUGUUUGAGACUGUUGCAAGCGGCUUUGCGGACAAAUUUCCAAAGCAGCUGAAUUCUCGAAAAAUCCAGACUUCAGCCAUUUUGUGUGUCCUUCUCUUUGUGUUGGGGAUUCCUUUCACCACUAAUGGAGGAAUUUACGUCUUCCAGUUGAUAGACUGGUAUGCUGCCACAUUUUGUAUCACGUUUGCAUCAUUCUUAGAGUGUGUCGUUAUAUCCUGGGUCUACGGAGCGGAGCGUUUCAAUCGUGACAUAGAGCUCAUGAUAGGAAGACGUAUCCCCCUCGCCAUGAGGAUUAGUUGGUGCAUAGUUACCCCGAUAUUUAUGUUGGUGAUAUUCCUGUCGUCAGUGAUUAUGUACUCGCCACCAAAUUCGGCAACCUACACUUACCCUGACUUUGCCAUCGGGAUCGGACAGUUUUUCGCAGUACUUCCUCUCCUGCCCAUACCAGUGAUGAUGGUUUGGAAACUCAUUCGAUCGAAAGGGACACUUGUCCAGAGAAUUAAGAAUCUCGCUCGACCGGACUCUGACUGGGGACCCAACAGCAAACGUCACUGGCAGACAUACAAAAUGUAUGAAUACAAAGGCGGACUGAUAAAUAGAAUUAAAGUCAAUCUGCUGGGAGACAAUCACCGAUAACUGUUGCUGCUAUAAUAGAAAAGUGAAUUUUCAUGAAUGUAACAUUUUGAAAAGUAUCUGUAAUAUCAAUGGUAUGUAAUAUCUAGUGGAGUAUCUCAGAUUGCAUUUAAACAUGCUAAACGUUUGUUCACUUACACAGUCAGUAUAUCUAAUUUAUACAUCAAGCAUCAUGUCAGUUUCCUGAUUUUUAUCUACAUAUACACGUAUUAUCUAUGUAUGCACAAGCUGCUCCAAGACAAAAACCAUUG